AAGAGUACUGCCACCCUGCAUCUUCUGUUUUGUGAAGUACAGUACCUGGCACACUGCCAGUGCUCAAGAAAGCUUUAAUUCUGGUGGCAGUAUUAAUAGAACUUGUUUUAGGCCUCUUUUGUUGUGGAUGCUGGCAUGGUUGUCAGAUCGCAGGGGAUUUUGCUUGGCACUCUCUUUGGCCCAUCUGGUGCCUAACCUGAGCUUGUUGACCCUGUCUUGACUGGCUGUGUGAAGCUUGAGCUUCCAGUAGAGUGUACAGGAAAUAACAAGCCAACCACAGAGGGGAGCGGAAAUGAAUCAAACCCAUUUCUCAAGCAGCCUGAAAGGCUUGCAGAGGAGGCAGUACUCUGUUGUGAGGGCUCAGGUAGCAGAGAAAAGAGGCCUUGAUCCAUCUCCCUUUUCUGAAGGUUAGAGAAUCUUAGCAGGUAUCAAGAGGAACCAACUUAACUAAGCCAUAUCAACAAAGAAUUAGCACGACCAAAGGACUAAAGCUACAACCUGUGUGUGAGAGGACAUAAAGCUAUGUUCCAAGCCAAGGGGCCGGCCAGUACAACCUCUACUAAUGAGGCAAAGAGCAACUCAGGGGCAUCCACUGUGCAAAGAUCCAAGUCAUUCAGCUUGAAAGCCCAAGUGAAGGAGACCUGCAGUGCCUGCCAGAAAACUGUCUACCCCAUGGAGCGCCUGGUGGCUGAUAAAUUUGUCUUCCACAAUUCCUGCUUUUGCUGCAAGCACUGCCGCACCAAGCUAAGCUUGGGUAGUUAUGCAGCUCUCCAUGGGGAAUUCUACUGCAAACCACACUUCCAACAACUGUUCAAGAGCAAAGGCAACUAUGAUGAGGGCUUUGGCCGCAAGCAGCACAAGCAGCUCUGGCUGCAGAAAGAGGUGGAGAACGGGACCGAUACAGCAUGACCCAUGGGCCCCUAUUUCUCCACAUUGAGAGCUUUGGUAUGGGGAUGAACUGAGCUGAUGGAAAAGUCAUGGUCCUUGCAGGGGUUGCUGGGAGCAGGCAAGACAAAGCAGGAAUAGAGGAUGGUUUUUCUUGGUUUUCAUGGUUUUCUUUUGCUUGUUUAUCUGGGCUUUGAGAAGAUUGAAGAACCCUGGAAGCAGCCCACAUGGUGCUGGGAAUAGAGAUCUUGUGCAACUCUUACAAGAGUACAAAACUGCUGCCCUGGUUGGGGCACAGGGCAUACUGUGAUGCAAGAAAUAUACUGGGACUGUUAUAUCUACCCUUUUUGGACAGACUACCAACAACUGUGAUUCAACCUCUGGUACAACUUGCUGAUCCAAAAUCCAUCCUUAUUAUGCUUUGUCAUGUGAAUCACAAAAUGUAUAAGCAUCCUAUUCUCCACUUGCAUAUCCUCUCAACAACUCACACAAAGUUCCCACAGAAUAGCCUCGAUCGGGGAAAAUGCCAAGGUACUUAUUAUCUAUAUCCUUAAACCUUAGGCCAAGGAAGUCUUUCCAACAGGCUUUGGGGCAGGAAACAGUGAAUUUUUAAUCAUUAAUUUGGUCCUUUAAUCUCAAAUACCCCAACAUUAGCCUACAUCUUUUUUCUUAUAGAAGAGAUGAUACACUUCUGUAUCAGAGAUCACGCAAAAUGCACAAACUCUGGUUUGGGCAUUUUAAUCAAGUGUGGGAUAAGAACAUGUUUCUUUAGAGGGUCCAAUGUUACAUUGUUUCUCCUGGGAUCCUUUCACGCCACACAAUUAUAGUGCUUUGAUACCACUUUCACUGCCAUGAUCACAUCCUAUGAAAUUCCAGGAUUUGCUGUUUAGGAAUGGGAAUUUAGAAUUCUCAGCCAGAUUGCGCUAAUGGUGCCUCUAAUCAAAUUACAAAUCCUAGUCUUUCAAAGGAUUUUGCCAUUGCAGUUAAAAUGGAAUCAUAAAACUUUUUGCUGUGUUGUGUGAAUUCCCUGUUAUGGUUAAAGGUAAAGAACACUCCUGGACAAGAGGGAAUGUGGGCUGUGUGUGUUACAACUGAAAUAUGCACGCCAGUCCAGUUGGGACACAAAAACACCUGAUGUGUUUGUUCACGAAAUGAGAUUCCAAACUUUUGUACCCUGGUUUUCAUCAGCUCUGUUCAAUCCAUUCAGCCUUAAAUCUUGGGGAAACAUUCAUUGUCUACCUUUUAUAUUUGCCUUUUUUGGUGGUAUGUGGUAAGCUGAAGCACAAACUCGUGGUGUUGUGUCCAGAGUUGCGCUGUCUGCUCUUUUAUUUUUGUAAUAUAAGUUUUCUGAAUCUUU